AUGACGCGCCCUUCUUUUUCGCACUCCGCUGAUCUUUCCGCUUCGCUUCGCCGUCUUUCGGCGUCGCCGCGCGCCUCUGCGGCUUCGUCGUCUCCAGGCGGGCUGUUUCGUCGUGUCUCCCCCUCUGGUUCGCCCGCUUCUUCUUUAUCCUCGCGCGUCUCGUUGGCGCCUUCUCCUGCGUGGUCACCUCUGCGUCUUCGCUCGCUGGAGCUGCGGCGGCUCCCCCCCGCCUGCCUCUCGCCUCCGCGCGCCUUCGGCACAGCUUUCCUUGGCCCGUGCGCCUCCCCCUCCGCCGCGGCCGCCGAGGCACGCGUCUUUCCCGAGCUGCUCUCUCCCGCGCCUUCUUCUCCCUCGUCUAUUUCUUACUCAUCUUCGUCUUCUUCUUGUCCGUUGUCUUCUCCUUCUUCUCCCGCUUCUGGUCUUGCGGCUGAGGGGCGCUGGGGGGGCAGCCAGCGCGCUGCGGCGGCCUUUGUGCAGUCGCUUCUACCGGCGGAGAUGCUGCCCGACGCGCGCGGCCUCGUGUAUAAGAUUCACUACGGCGUGCCGCUGCCGAUCCUCGCGCCGCGCCUCUGCAGCGAACAAAAAGUGCAGGAACUCGCUGCAAAUGUCGCGUUUCGCCUGCUCGACGCGCUGAGGGAGGCGGACGCGAAGCGGAAGGGCGCGACGUGGGAAGAAGAGCGGAAGGCGCUGCGGCGUCGCGCGGCGGCGGGCGAUCAGGUUCGCGAUCUGCUCGACUGCCACGCCCUCCGGAAGGGCGACAAGAAGCGGCCGACGGCGCAGAGUCCGCCACUUGAGGCAACUCGCAUCCGUUGCUACUGGCCAGAUGUCGACAACGAAAACUCCAAGAUGAGCGUCUUCUUCCGCGAGCUGCACGCGGCGCUGUAUCUGCUCUUCGAGCCGCAGCUCUUUUCGUCCCCGUCGCUUGCUUCGUUCGCCUCCUUCUCGUCUCCUCUCGCUGCUGCGUCGGCUGCCUCUCCGCCAGCAGCUGCCGCGCCCGCUGAGGCGCUCGCCUCGUUCUCGCGAGAGGCGCGGCCUCGCGGCGAGCUCCUCCUCGGGCUGCUGCAUCCACACGUGAUGGCUGUCGUCGUCCCCUCGCUCAAAGAAAGCAGCCGCCUGCAGCUCCUUCUCGUUUUCCUCCACUCCGUCGAGAGCUACUUCUCGCUGCAUCCCUGCAGCAAGCAGACCGUGGAUCCGAAUCUCCUUUUUCUCGCCAUCGGUUCCGCGCGGUUCCUUCUGCUGCUCACGCGCCUCGGAUUCCUUCCAGAGGCCUCGCCUGCUUGUGCUUCUCCUUCUGUCUUUCCUUCUUCUUCUCGUUCGACUUCGCUUUCUUCUCUGUCUUUUCUUGCGGCGUACGCGUCUCCGCUACCGCAUCAGCUGUACGCGCAGCUCUCUGCGUACACCGUGGACGGGGUCCUGCUGGAUCUGCUCCAGGAAUCCGGGGGCAAUCUCUUCGAGGCAGUGCGCUUCGCAACGUUUCUGCGCGUGAUGGCGCAGACGGAGAGCGUCGCGGAGCCGCUCAAGGACUCCCGGUGGACGCUGCAGGCCGUCGCGGAGAGCGUCGCCAGCCGGAAAUCUGAGCACCUGCUUCUCGCCUUCCUCCGCUCUCUGGCGCCCGAAAGCGACAAAACCGCGCGAGAGGACGCUCACGCAGGGCGCAACGCCCAAGCGCGUGUCGGCGAGGCGCGCAUCCGCAAAGAGGAGGAGCGCGAACGCGGAGAAAGACUCGCGCUGCAGGUCUGCAUGUGGCUGGCGAGGAAGACGCCGGAAACAGGGGAGAUUGCAGAUCCGUGGGGCUACGUCGCCAGCCGCGGCUUCCUGCUGCGCCUGUUGAAGCGGCGGGCGAGCGCCGCGCCGGUCUCCUCUCUCCACGCGGCGACGGGCGGGCGCGUGGAAGGCGGAUUUACAGCAGAGACGGAGCCUCUCGAGAGCCAGGAGCCGCAGCACACGCUGCGGACGCUGCGGACGGAGGCUGCUCCUGGAGAAGACAGCCAGCGGCUGCAGUCCCAAAGAGGAGAGGGGGAAGACGGCGGCGACGACGACGACGGCGGCGACUUGCUUGCUCUGCCGUCCCCCGCGCCGCGAGGCGCCGCAGACGCUCAACCCUCCGCCUGCAUCCCGACGUCGUUGUGGGCACUGAAUGCCGUCUCCGUCUCGCCGCGAGAAGGCCAGGCCCCGGCGCCCCUCCCCGGCGCGGCCGCCGCGUCGCCUCUCUCCUCUCCGACCUCCUCCGCGCCGCGCCGUCCCCCCCCUCCUGCGCAUCUCGCCGAGGAGUCCGCGCACGCGUAUCCGCCUCUCGAGUUGCCGUUCGGGCUUGAUCGCGUCGUCUUCCUCGACAGCGUGGAAGGCCUGAGUCACCUUUUCGCGUUCCUUCGCGCCUCGCAGGAAGCCACCUGCCGGCUGCUGGCGCCAGCCGAGCUGGCCGCCGCGGGCGCGCGGGCGCGCGGAGACACUUUUCCGGUCGCGGCGGGAGCCGUCUCCUCGCGGGCGGACCGACAGCCUGUCGAGUGCGCAGACGCCCAACGGGUCUCUGGGCUCCACACGGGGUCUCUGCAAGCCGCAGAGCGCGGCAGCCGCACGGCGGAGACAGUGGAGUCCGUGGAGACAUUGGGGCGGCAUGCGGAGGGGGGGCCCGCGCCGGGAGGCGUGGAGUCUCGCGACGUCGCCGACGAGGAGGCCUCAGGCGCGCAACGCGUGCAAGUUGAGUCUUCUUCGGUUUCGGGUGGCUGCGCGUCGCGUGUGCCACCGCUGCCUUCGGUGCCGUUUCUGCCGUUCGUUGUCGCACUGGAUUUGGAGUGGACUCUGCCGCACGCCGCAAGCGUGCUGUCGCUGGCGACUGAGACGCGGGUGUUCCUCGUUGACCUCGUGAACCACAAUCCGGUCUACAGGGCGACGCUGCUGCGGCUCCUCCGCUGGCUGUUCACAAACCCGUUCAUCGCGAAACUCGCCUACCAGGCGCGUGGCGACUUCACGCGCCUCUUCUUCGCGCUCGGAUCUGCGGGCGGAAGGCCUGGCGCCCUGGUUCACUGCAUCGACCUCAGGCAGCCUCGAGUGUGCCUGGCUCCAGAGAGCGAGAGACGAGGCUGCGACAAGCUGAACGACGCGAAGGCCCCAGUCGCUCUGGACUCUGAGAGUGGUGUGGCGCCGCUGACCGACGCAGAGGCACACGAGGAAGAAGAGAUUCUGCCUGGGCAACAAGGCAGCGCCCCGAAGCGCCGCUACCAGAAUCUGCGGGAGAUGUGUCGGCAGGUCCUCGGCGUUGAUCUCGACAAAAGCGAGCAGCGCUCCAACUGGAAUAUGCGCCCGCUGACAGCCUCUCAGGUCCUCUACGCCGCGAAGGACGCUUACGCGCUGAUUCUGCUAGAAGCUGCGCUCCGUGAGCAAGGCUGGGCGCCAGAAAACAUCCUCGGGGGGCUCGGGGAGUUCAGCGCCAUCAACUUUCGAGGCCGCCCCUCGAGUUUUCAGAUCAACUACCAGAAGAACGCGUCGGAGCAGGCUUCGAAAAUCGAGGCUGCGGACCGGAGGCAGUUUAGGUGGCAGUGA